AUGGCAGCCCAGCAACAGAGAAUAGGAAAGCCCUGGAGCGGUGGCAAUAGAAUCCCAAAUAUUAAAGAGUUCGUCACCAAUCUCGACAAGGAGAAGGCCGAGCGAGAUAGACUUCUCGACGAACAAUAUGCCACUCAGCAAAGGCGGGACUUGUCUGAAGUUACCCCUCACCAGGAUGAGAAACCAAAGGUGGCAGGAAAGACAGUAACAGACCCAGUCACUGGCAGGCAAGUCGUCAUUGCAGAUGGCAGACAACCCUCAGGCAUGAACUCGUCUCUUUUCCCUCCGAAGAUCUUGUCAGUCCCAAAUGCCAGUCUCGGCAAACCUACACCCAUCAAGACAGACGCCUCUCAGAAGAACCCAGAGUACAAGGAGAAGCAAGACUUCACAGCUCCCCCAGACCCUGUUGCGGAGGGUACCACAUCAGAUGUACCCAUUCAUGGCGAGAAAACCAAUAUCUUGUUCCACCCCACACCCUCAGUCAGCUAUGAGCCGAUGUUCGAGGUCCUCGAGAAGCGUGCUGGGAGUCUUUGUGUUGCCAUUCUUCUAUCCAUCGUUAUUCUGGGGAAGAUGUUUGGCGGCUCCCUAAAAGGCUUGAUUCCUUUGGGUAUGUGUUUAGCUUCCGGCGUCUGGCUGUGGAUGAAAGAAGUGGUGAGAAGCGGUCGUGAAGUUGAGUGGAGCAGCGAACAGAGCAGAGGAGAAACUGCUACAGCGAAUCUCCUACCGGAGUCUGUCGAAUGGAUGAAUACCUUCCUUGGUGUUGUUUGGGGCUUGAUCAAUCCGGAGAUGUUUGCGGCAGUAGCAGACACUCUAGAAGAUGUCAUGCAAGCGUCUGUCCCCAAUGUCAUUAACAAUGUCAGAGUGGCGGAAAUUGACCAAGGAAGCAAUCCAAUUCGCGUCCUGAGCUUGCGUGCACUUCCAGAUUCCAAGGUGCGAGACCUCAAGCAGAGCAUCCAUGAAGGAAACAAGAAGAUGAAAGAUCCUCAAGAGGCAGCAGCCGACGAAGACGGCGGAGACUACUACAAUCUUGAAGUCGCUUUUGCUUACCAUGCGAAACCUGCUGGAGCCACUGCCUCUUCUCAUGCCCGGAAUAUGCAUAUGAAUCUUGUCUUCUAUCUGGGGAUCAAAGGAUUGAUCGGUGUUCCCUUACCUGUAUUUGUCGAACUUCAGGAACUGAUUGGAACUGUUCGACUGCGGUUGCAGAUGACAUCCGAGCCGCCUUUUGCAAAGAAUCUUUCCUUCACUUUGAUGGGCGUCCCUCAUGUCCGAGCAGGCUGCAUUCCAAUGAUCAAAAGUGGGGUUAAUAUCCUCAACCUGCCUUUGAUCUCAAACUUCGUCAACUAUGCGGUGGCAGCCGCUGCGAGUCUGUAUGUUGCUCCGAAGUCCAUGCAACUUGAUCUCAAAGCCAUGUUGCAAGGUGACGACGUCACCAAGGACACCCAGGCAAUCGGAGUUGUGUGGGUCCGCAUUCAUCGUGCCGUUGGCCUCAGCAAGCAAGAUCGCCGUGGAAGCAAAUAUGGUGGAAGCGAUCCGUACAUCAACCUGUCCUUCUCCAAAUACGGUAAACCAAUGUACUGUACUAGAGUCAUUACCGAUGACCUCAAUCCCGUGUGGGAAGAGGCAGCGGCCCUUCUAGUUACACCAGAGCUGAUCAAAGCUGAUGAACAACUGAGUGUUGAAUUGUGGGAUUCUGACCGCAACUCGGCCGACGACAUGGUUGGCAAAGUGGAACUGUCCAUGCGAAAGAUGAUUCAACACCCAGGCAAGAUGUAUCCGCUGAUUUCGAAGCUGUCUGGUGUGCAAGAAGGAACUGAAAUGCCCGGUGAAUUGCAUUGGGAGGUGGGUUACUUUGGCAAGCCCAAAUUCCGGCCAGCACUUCGCACCGACGGCAAGAACAAGAACCUGCCCGAUCAAUUCAAGGAUGACGCCCAGUUCCAAGACGAGAAAGGCACCCUGGACUCUGAGGAUUCUGAUGCCGUAGCGCAUACGCCUCCUGAUCCCUUGUGGCCCAGUGGUAUCUGCAGUGUUAUUGUCCACCAGAUUGUCAACUUGGAGCUUGAAAAUAUUAAAGGUAGCGAUGGGAAUAGAAAGGGCAAGGAAUUUGAACCAGCCAAGCCAUAUGGUGAGGCUACGGAAGAAGAAUCUAACAAACUGCCGACUUCUUAUUGCACGAUCUUGUUCAACGAUGUACUCGUCUAUCGCACUCGCGCUAAGGCCGUCAGCAGUAAGCCCAUCUUUAACGCGGGUACUGAACGUUUCAUGCGUGACUGGAGAUCCGGCAUUGUCACAGUCACGGUCCGCGAUCAACGAAAUAGAGAACACGAUCCCAUUUUGGGUGUGGUGCCUCUUCGAUUGUCCGAACUGUUGGCGACGAGCUCUCAAGUGACAAGAUGGUAUCCUCUCGAUGGUGGUAUCGGAUUUGGUCGUAUUAGGAUCUCCAUUCUGUUCCGAAGCAUCGAAACUCGUCUUCCCCCCCACAUGCUGGGCUGGGAUGUCGGGACCUUUGAAUUUCUCUCGGAACAAAUUGUCGCUUCUGGGUGGAAACAAAACACGAAGCUCAAGCUCCGAACGGGAGGUAGUGUUGGUAAGAUUCCUCGAACACAUUGCCAUAGCAAUGAAGCGGGUGACGGUGUUUAUUGGGAUACCUCUCCUGAAAAUAACCACCACGUCCGUCUCCCCGUCAAGCAUCGAUAUCGGUCGCCGGUCAUCUUUGAAUUCUACGUGGCAGGCAAACGGGGCGCCAUGGCGUAUGCGUUGAUUUGGCUGCAGAAUCUGGUCGACAACGAGGAGACACCUCUUGACAUUCCGAUUUGGAAGACGAAGAAUGGAAACCGACUUGUCCAGAACUACAUCACCCCAGACAAUGUCCAAGCCUUCAUAGAGAAGGGAUUGGAAGACCUGGAGGAGGUUGGACGACUCCAAUUCCGGGGCCGGUUCAAGGCUGGCAUGGACGAGUCGCACCGAGACUUCGUCGUGGACAACGACACGCGCGAGACAUUUGAGACGUUUGAGGCGUGCUUGACUGAGGGUGUGCGACAACGAGUGGUCGAGGCGGAGGUGCCCGAGAAUAUCCAAGACCUGCACGCUGCAUCUUUGAUCCAAGGGCGGGACAUUCUCCUGCAGGAGACGUCUGAGAAAGACAGACGCAAGUGGCUGAGCAAAUCGGGUGAGGACUGGUCCGGAGCUUUUAGCCAUGAUCCGAGGGCGUACACCAACAAGAAGCUCCAAAAGAUAGCCGAGCCGGGCGUGGACGAUCCACCUCAUGACCCUUACAAUCCGUCGAGUGAUGACGAGGGUGUAAAGGGCACGAGCGCCAGCUCUGAUCUGGGCAUGGUUGAUGCGACCAACGCUCCGGAAGAGGGAUUCAGCAGCCACGUCAACGGGCACAGGGAGAGCAAGGGCGAAUCAGGCGGACGUCCGAGCAUGGCGACGACCGCCACCAAUUCAUCAAAUUCGGUGCUGCCAGUGGCCAAAAAGGAUGCCAAUUGGGAGAACAAAGCUGAAAAGAGAGCGGAAGAACGCAAGCACCGUGGAUUGUCGCAAUGGACGCCGGCGAGGAACGUCAAGUUUGCGAAAGAUGAAGCGAAGAUUGGCGUGGGUAAAAUCAAGAAAAGGUUUACUGGCGGAUUGGGCGGAAGAGAACCUGGUAUUGAGACCGAAACGUGA